GGCCGGGGCAGCCUGGAGCAGGGACAUGGAGCUAGUUCCUUGGUCCCGCCCCAGGGGCGCUUCCCAGGGAGGGGCCGAGAACCAAGUCUCGGCGCCGGGCGGAGGCCGCAGCUGUAGCUCCGGGGCAAGGCGGCUGCUGAGCUGUGCCGGAGCGAACCGAGCGGGGGAGGGGAGUUACACGCGGCUAGUCCCGGCGGGCCAGGCACGGGCGAAGCGCAGUGAGUGGGGAGUCCGCGCCGGGACGCCUGUCUGCUGAACGGAUUCCCGGCUGCUGGAGGUGGGGAAGGUCACUCCUUGCCCGGGAAGCCCCCUUGCCUGCCUAGAGCCAUUGGACAGUUCAUAAAUAAGGAGAAAAAGAUUUUUCAAGGAAUCAAGAUUGUACAGAAUGGGAAAGUCCCAUGAGAAACAAGGAGCUUGAUCAGUUUUUUCGGUGCUCUUCGUCCUGUUCUUCUGGAAGAAGAAAAGAUGAAGAUUGAUUUCCUUAUGAAAAAAUAAUCUCUGUAACUGCUGACCAAAACUAUGUGCUAAAAUCAGAAAUCUUGACAAAAAUGGGAAUAUUUAUAUUUUUUGUGAUUUACAGUUUAAUUUUAACCCUGAUACAAGGGCACAGUCUGUUCGCCUGUGAACCAAUUACUGUUUCCAGGUGUACAGGAAUGACAUACAAUAUGACAUUUUUUCCAAAUAUGAUGGGACAUUAUGACCAGGAUACUGCUGCUGUCCAAAUUGAGCCUUUUCUUCCUCUUGUGAAUCUCAACUGUUCUCCAGAUUUCCACACAUUUCUGUGUAAAGCAUUUGUGCCUGCCUGCGUGAAGCAAAUUCAUGUGAUUCACCCUUGUCGAAGACUUUGUGAGAGAGUGUACUCCGACUGUAAACAGUUGUUAGACACUUUUGGGAUCACCUGGCCGGAGGAACUGGAAUGUAACAGACUGGAGGAUUGUGAUGAAAGUGCUCCUGUCACUGCUGCUGUAACCACAAAAGUCCAUGGAACACAGAAGACCCCAGGGCAGGCUCGAAGGGACUAUGGAUUUUGGUGUCCACGGCAUCUGCAGACCUCCAAUGGACAAGGCUACAAGUUUUUGGGAAUUGAUCAGUGUGCACCCCCAUGUCCCAAUAUGUACUUAAAAAAUUAUGAGCUGGAUGUUGCCAAAAGCUUCAUUGGAAUAGUUUCAAUUUUUUGCCUUUGUGCUACUCUGUUCACAUUCUUAACUUUUCUGAUUGAUGUUAAAAGGUUCAGAUACCCAGAGAGGCCAAUCAUAUAUUAUUCAGUCUGUUACAGUAUAGUGUCUCUGAUGUACUUCUUUGGCUUUUUGCUGGGAAAUAGAACUGCUUGUAACAAGGCAGAUGAAAAGUUAGAAAUUGGUGAAACAGUUGUUCUUGGCUCUCAAAACAAAGCCUGCACUGUCCUUUUUAUGGUUUUGUAUUUUUUCACUAUGGGAGGAACAAUAUGGUGGGUGAUUCUUACGAUCACUUGGUUCCUAGCAGCGGGAAGAAAAUGGAGCUGUGAAGCCAUUGAACAAAAGGCAAUGUGGUUUCAUGCAGUUGCAUGGGGCAUACCUGGUUUUCUCACCAUUAUGCUUCUUGCAAUGAACAAAGUUGAAGGGGACAAUAUCAGUGGAGUUUGCUUUGUUGGUCUCUAUGACCUGGAUGCAUCUCGAUACUUUGUCCUUUUGCCUUUGUGCUUUUGUGUUUUUGUUGGUCUCUCUCUCCUUUUAGCUGGAAUUAUUUCUUUAAACCAUGUGCGGCAAGUCAUACAGCAUGAUGGCAGAAACCAAGAAAAGCUAAAGAAAUUUAUGAUUCGAAUUGGAGUCUUUAGUGGCUUAUACCUGGUACCACUGGUGGCACUUCUUGGAUGUUAUGUUUAUGAGCAGAUGUAUAGGAGAAUCUGGGAGACCACUUGGGUCUUUGACCAUUGUGAUCAGUACCAUAUUCCCUGUCCUUACCAGGCAAAGGCAUUAGCCAGACCAGAAAUAUUUUUGUUUCUCAUGAAGUACCUGAUGACGUUAAUUGUUGGCAUCUCUCCAGUAUUCUGGGUGGGAAGUAAAAAGACCUGUUCUGAAUGGGCCAGUUUCUUCAACAGAAAUCGCAAGAGAGAUCCAAUCAGUGAGAGCCGAAGAGUGUUGCAAGAAUCAUGUGAAUUUUUCUUGAAGCACAAUUCUAAAGUUAAACAUAAAAAGAAGCACUACAAAUCCAGUUCACACAAACUGAAGGUUAUUUCGAAGUCUAUGGGGACUAGUACAGGUGCUACAACAAAUCAUGGAACUUCUGCAGUGGCUAUUACUAACCUUGAUUACUUAAGCCAAGAGAACUUCACAGAAAUUAAAACCCCUCGAGAAACUUCUGAGAAGGAGAUGGCAGCAGAUGGAACAUCCACCCAGAAAGUGGAGAAGGGGGAGAAUGCUGGUGGUGAACAUGUCCUACAAAUAUUAUCUACUUCUAAACUGGCUAUGGAACAGGUGGAAAAGAGCAGCAAGGCAGACAACACAGUUGAUAUGAUUAGCUUAUCUGAGAGUGUGAAAAGAAUGUAUGAAGGAAGGGUAUCUCCUAAAAGUGAUUUUACUGAAACUCAUCCACUACAAGUCAGUAAUUCACAGCUACCCAGUGUUUCACAACCAGGCAGUACCAGCGACUCCAUAUCAAUGCUUGUCCACUCAGCUUCAGACACUAGAAAAGAUCAGGAUUCUGGAAACAGUUCAAAUCCUUGAAAGAUUACAAUUUCUAUAUGAAUGAUUUCAGUUUAUGAAACUGUUAUGGGUUUGUGUUACACUGGAGAUUACCGAUGCUCUGUGCCUUGUAAAAAUACCACAUACAUAUCCCUUGUUUUGCACUUAAAAGUUACACUACAUAGUGGGGAGGUCUAGAAAUAACCUCAUAAGAGAGUAAUGGAAACUGAAGUUCUAAUAGCACUCAGCUGGGCAGGUCAGCAGUAACUUAAGAGAAAAAGAAAUGAGAGAAAUAAAUCUUUCUCUUCCAAUACAUGAAAAUGCUGUUAAAUAUCAGUACAAAUAAUUGAUGGAAGAUGAUUGCAUUAUUUUGAAACAUAAAAAUUUAAUUUGCUUCACUAGCAUUUUUCAGUCUUCCUAUUAACAUUUCUUUUUCUUUUUAAAGUAACUGCAUCUUAAACAGCUGUGUCCUUUAGAAUAAUUAAAAGUUAUACAAAUCUGUGGAUAUCUUUAAUGUGUAAAUGUCUCAUGAUGUACUAAUCUUAGCACUGUAUUAUGGUUGUUUCUACACUGAAUCUGAAAAGGACUCUGGAAUUAUAGUGAUUUAUUUUGUAGUUAAAAAUCUUGUAAAUAACUUAUUUUUAUAAACUGAACAUUAAGAACUACUGUUUUGUUUGUUGCACAAAUCUGAUAACUGAAGUGCUUCCUUCUCAUACCAAAAAGAUCAACAAUAUUGUGCUGUUAAGAUGACAUCAUUUCCUUCUGAGCAAUAGUCAUUACGGGAUAAUAUAAGCAUUAAUAUAACCUCCACAUCUAGAGAAGAUUGUGUCUGGUCCUUCCACAAAUGAGAGAGGAGAGACACCUUUACUUUUGCACACCUACUGUUACCCCCAAAACAGACCCAGCGUACCCACAGAAUAGCUCAUCUAUUUUCCUGUUCCCGGGUUUACCAGAGUACCAUAAGAAC